GAAGUCGCUCAGCGGUGGUAGUAAACAUGGCCAUGCUGUCGGUGACCGCUGGGCUUCCUGUCACUUUUACGACUCAUUUCUUGUCUUUUUAAAUAGAAAGCCUGCCUUCAUUCACUUUGGCUAUCAAACAGCUGACAAAGCCGCUCACCUCAGUGCAUUUCCCACUUUUUAGAGUGUUUUUUUUUUGCCCUCGGUGCUGUGCUAGCUGGCUAACACCAAUGCAAAAUGAAUUGUCCCUUCAACACAAAUAUAAACUCACAGCUGUAUACAGAAGAGGAGGCCCUCGUUAUUGAAAAUGUGGUCAAAGCCGCUAUAAGUGCCGUGGUUGACGCGAUUUUCAAAACCGCCGAUGCCAAAGUAAUGAACUUCCAGAGGAUGGUGGCCGAGAGGGACAAAGAGAUCAGCCGGCUGGAGUUGAAGUUGCAGCAGACAGAAAAUGAUUUGAAGGCAUUUGUUGCACAGAGAGGCCGCUUCGCCUCGGUGUCAGGAGAGGAGGAUUCAGGCUGCGGCAGACCUUGUAGUGAGAGCGAAAUGAAAAAUGAACACGAUGUGAAAGUGGAGUUCCCCAGUCUUGGGACGAGAUCGCCUUCGUCAGUCUCUGCAGAGUGCGAAGACGGCAGAUCUGCAGCUUCGUCCUCCCAGCCGAUCUCCGACUCGUCAGACAGAGCUGCAGACUCGGUGUCACCUGCUAGUCAAGCCACCGUUCCUGUGGUCAAAAAGGAGCGUCCUGCCAUCGACUCCGUCUUCAUCAAACAGGAGAUGUGUGAGCAGAGGCUUGCAGGCGACGAGGGCAGCAGGCCGGCGAAUGGACACGGACACAGCCCCGUGACGAAAAGAAAGCUGACGAAUGCUGAGAGACAGAAACGCUACAGAGAAAAAUGCCGUGCUACCCCUGAAGGUCUGCGCGCUUACAAGGAGAGGGAGCGUCUCAGGUACUACAUGAGGAACAGGGUGCUGAUAUCAGAGAUGUCCGAAGAGACCAAGAGACAGAAGAGGGCAGCCUGGAGAGCUGCUGCCAGACGGGCUCGCGAUCGCAAACUGAUCAAGAAAAAUGUUACAGAACUCGACCACCUAGCGCAGGUGGACCCCUCAAAGCCCUGGCUCCUCCCCCACAGCACAGACACACACAAAGGCCCUCCUUGACGCAGACCUCGCACUAGCAGUCACACAGCUGAAGUUAAUACCUGGAUCUCAGGAAAGUUUGUUUUAUUGUAUUUUACUUUAUUUUAUACACAGAUGCCAAGUUGUCGGCAAAAGGCUUCUCAGUUGUUUCAUUAUUUUGUUAAUGCCUGAAGAUUUGGUUUCACAAGGUAACAUUCAUCACACUGGACAGUUUGUACAGUGUUACUCAUUAAAAUAUCAAAUUAGUGUUCCCGGCAAUAAAAUGAUAUUUCGCAAAAAGACUCUUUGUAACUUCGAAGGUAUGCAUGACGCAAACAAUGCCAAGGUCACUUACUCACUGAGCCGUGUUGAAGUCUGUCUUUAAUUAGAAGUGUAGGUGGAGAUAAUGUGGUUUAAAUUGUGGAUGACUAACGUGAAAAGAAGAAGGUCCUCCGGUGUCUCCAGUGUUUGUAUAAGGAAGAGCGUCUCCUCAGGAAAACACGGUCUACCUUCUGUUUCUCAGUUGGCUUUGGUUUUCAGUCUUGCGUACCUGUCUUUAAAAAAAAAAAAAAAAAAAAAAUCCAGGUAUAUGUCUGUAUG